UGUUUAUAAAAUUGAAAGCAAAUAAAUGUAAUACAGUUGUAUAACACGUGAUAUUAAUAUUGCUUUUUUAAGAACGUAACACUACAAAAUGUUGUUGAUAAUGGAACUACUUUAUCCGAUCGGUAGACACAAACCAUUGUUACCAGUACAUAUCAUAUGUUGUUGUACGAUAUACAUCGGUUAUUUGUGAUCUCUUGUAGUUAUUACAAUAUGUUUACUGUUAGAUGUCUGUGGGUGUAUAACAUGAUACAGUUACUUUUAUAAAAAAAAAUAAACAAGAACUUUCAUUUCUGUCGAUUAGCUUUUAUUGUUGAUAUUUAUUAAAGGUAAAAAUAAAGUCAUGUGUUACAGUGGUAUUAACGAAGCAAUACGUUUACUCCACAAAAUAUUAUGUAUUAGAUGCUGAAAGAAGAAUAAAACUUGUAGAUUGUAUCUAAGAUUUGCAAAAAUUUUACACAGUUACUUAUAAAACUGGAUAUAAGUUUAUCUCCCGAGGUUCAUCAUUUAAAUAUCAAGUACAGUUGUAAUGGAUAAAAGAAAAGACAUGGAUAACAUUGAUUCAAAAGCAAUCGAUAUUAUAGAACUGAUAACUCAGCUGCGUAAUGAGAGGUUAUUUGUUGUUUCUGAAUUAAAAGCAAUAAAAGCAGCAAAUGAAAAAGUUAGAGAGAUAAUUGAUAAGUUAACUCAAGCUGCAUGGAUGAAUUUACAAAAGCGUAUUAUUUUAAAUAUGUUGGCAAUGUCCAGUUCCAAAGCUACUGCAAUAAAGUGUUGGCAAAAUCUAAAUAACUUGACCAACACUGUAUUUGUUCAUGCCAAGGAUGUAUUGAAUCAGGAAACAAGUCAGUUUGGAGAAUUACUGCAAAUUUUGAGAUCCAAGCCAGAAAUGUUAUCCCAUUUACUGGUAUUGGGUAUCACUGAAAGUUCUUUACAAGAGGAAGCUAAAAAUGUGAUCAACAGCCUAACUUCCGGAUUGUAUGGUGCUUUACUUUUACCUGAAGAUGUAAGCCUCGUACUGAGUUUACUGCAACACCUUGCCAAGUUAGAGUUAGUGACAGCAGAUAAUCCUCGCAGGAAGCUUCGCCGAAAAUGUUGUGCUUUCUCCCAAUUAUAUUUCCUUUUUCAUGAAAAUUUACCAGCAGCAAAACUUUUUUUAACUGCAGCUCUUCGUAAGCCUAUCAUGCAAGUGAUUGCAAAAAAAGACGGCUACCUCGACGUCGAUCCAGAAAAGACGUUGUCUCGAUUUAUGCAUAAAAAAACUAAUACUAGGUGCCUUUCAGAGGAUGAGGAAAUUGGUCAGUUUAGAAGAAAAACUGUAGAUGAACUCGUUUAUUUUGCUACGUAUUUUAUUCGUUCGAUUAGGGAAAGCAUUAAUUGCUUCCCCGGUUCGUUUGCUUGGCUUAUCGGGCAUGUAUCCGACCUGAUGACCAAAACUUACGGCAUUCUUUCGAGAGAGGUUCGAGAAGUUAACACUGACCUGAUAUUCACUCUCUUUAUUUGCCCUGCUAUAGUGCAUCCCGAAGCUUACGGCAUUUGCGAUAUAUCUAUUUGCGAGGUGGUGAGACAUAAUCUUAUGCAAGUGGCGCAGAUACUUCAAGCCAUUGCUCUUUUUAACUUUAACGAUCUCGAGCCCAAAUAUGCAGACUUUUACGCUCUUUUUGAACAAGAAUCCGUCUAUGACAUCAUUGGCGAUCUCUUAAAAAAUUCUACAAACGAGCAUGAACUCGGUAUAGAUCAUGUGCCAGAAGUAGCUCGAACAAGUGUCUUAUUUACCCUGGAAGAGCUUCAUAAUCUAGUAGCUUUUUUACAAAAAGCCAUUACUGUGGCCAACUUGUCUGACGAUCAGGACGGUCCUAGAAAAUACCUGCUUCAAUCGAUCAGAAAAUCGACCUGUUUCCCUUCAUUAAAACUGAUAACGUUCCUAUUAAAUAACCUUAUAACAGUACAGCAACAGCAGCAGUCUUCUGAAAUUAACAGGUCAUCUCUGAUUACAAAGAGCGGUGGAAAAGGGACUCAAAAAAAGAGAAGCAGCUCACCUAAUGGCGGUAGCGGAAAUAAAGUAAAACCUACUGCUGUUCUUGUGAUACCAAUUCAUCAGGAUAAAAUCCAGCACAUCGGAUUAUUACCAGAACAUAAAGUUGUCGGAAUCGAAUCGACAGAUGAAGAUAAUGACCGAUCACCAAACGAAUUGGAACCUCCAGAAAAUCAAACCGGAUCGACAAUUGGUAUAGCAUCUUCUGCAAUCGGGUCGGAAAAACGAAUUCGUUUUUCUCGGUCACACGAUGAAAGUUCUGUUGGAAACACUUCUGAUAAUUUAGAGGCUGUAUCGGAAGCGGCUAGUAAUCACUCUGUUGACAGUAGUGUUGAGCUUGAGAACGAGGAUCAGAAUGACAAUUUGUCGGACAUGAUUUCUGCAAACGUGUCAGGUCGAGGAACUCCAAAUAUUUCAGGACGCGAUACUCCAAGUUCUCAAGUAAACGACGACGAAGAAGGCGAUGUUGUUGAAGAACCUCGUGAAGCAAUAGAACAAGAAGCUACAAUUGAAGUUCCUGAACCGCCUUUACCUCCUGCACGUCGCCAAGUUCAAAUCAUCGACAAACAUACGCAGAACGAAAUAGAUGACAAGUUUUGCAAGUUUGAAAUCAAGAGAAUUUUAGAGGGCGAGGAAACCAGAUCCAUAAUAUCCGAUACAUGGAGUACAGAUGUGUUGGCGUCUGAUUGUGAGACAAUCGAUGGUAACGAUGUACGUGGAGAUCAACAGAAUAUUAACCUGAUUAUGGAAACGGGCACUUUGAUAGGAUCUGCACCUCCCAGUGGCGGUACACCGCUUUUGGACAUGUCCGAAACGAAAAGCGAAAGUGGCUGGUCGACUGACGUUCUUGCUUCCGAUAGCGAACGUUUAACCGAAGUUGACGCAGACGAUAUAAGCGUUGCUCGUCUUGAAGAUGCUGUAAGCAUUGGACGGUCUGACGACGGAGCUGGUGCUAUCACUGAAGCGAAUUCUGCUAAAGUAACUGAACAUUUAAAAGUAAAUGUGCUCGAUCUUCCUUGUCGUUCUUCGUCCAUUUCCCAAGACGAUGUAAAUAGUCGAGGUAGGUGCAAUUGCCAGCGCUGCGUUUUGGAGUAUUCAGUUGCUGGAACCAAUACAAGUGCAACCACUGUUGCCUAUCAGUCGAUAAAUAAUUUCUUACAAGACGCGGAUGACGGAUCCGAACGACCAGAAGUUCGUUCUUCAAAAAGCUCUUCGGUUCAGGAUCAGCAACGUCUUUCGAACAACUCCGAAUACAAUUCGAAUAGUAGCAGCAGUUGCAGUACUAGUAGUUUGGAGUCUCAUAAUAAGGAUUCACAAAUGGGUGAAAAGAACGAGGGAAACGAAGUACGAGUUAUAAAUACGACACCGAAAAAACCCGAAGGUAGUUUUGCUUCAUCAGUUUUGAAGUCAACAUCACUAAACGGCGCUAUACCGAAAAGUAUAAGUUUUGACAUGACUGCCGAAAAAGGUUCAGACGACGAGCAGAAAGAAAAAAGAAGUUUUCUCGGAAAGUUUAGAAUCGGGUUCAGAAACAGACGCGCAAAAACGAUGCGUGAAGCAGAGGAAGUACAAAUGACAAAUGCAAAUACAGUAGGCCCAACCCUUCGAAGAACAUUAAGCGAGGAAUCGUCUAAUUUUUCAUUCACAGGAAUGUGCGAUGACAUCUUGGCUAAGUAUCGUAAAACGGUCGGUGAUGGUACUAAUUCUGAGGUAAAGGUGACUGUUUUGGAUAAUGCAAAAGUCACAGAGAGAAAUAAAAGUCCGUCGGCUUCAUGUAGCGAUGAGCACGACAAGAAUCUCGGUUUUUCUAACGUAAAAAAAAAACUAAGGCUAGUUCUAAGCAACUCGUGCGGUUACCAUUCAACAAUUCGCGUGGGUGGAACUGGUCAGGUUAAGUCCGAUUUAGAAUCCUAUUUGCAAUUGGAAUUGGCCAAGGCUCAUAAGUUAAAGUGUAGGUCGUCGGCCCGAAUAGCGGAAGCCCUGCGGUGCGUGAAGAUGUUUGAUGAAGAAAAUUGCCACAAGUUGUGCACAAUUUUGAAAGAAGACUACUGUCAGCGUUCUGUUUACAUUCAGUACCUUAUUCAAUCCCGACAGUUGCUUCUUUCUAUACUAGCGUUUUUAGAAGGGUUGAGUGAACAGAUAGAAAGUGAAAAGGAACUCUCAUCCAGUUACAUGGCCACCACAUGUGUAAAGUUUUUCUUGGAACGGCACGAGAUUGAAAUGGCUAAAUUUAAAAAGGAAUUCUCGCAGCUUACGAUGGUAGAUGAAAAAUGCUUCCACCUAAAAGAAUUUCUUCAAACACUGAACUUACUUAUACGUAAAGAAACCGUUUGGCAAGACGAUAUGGAAUUGGUUGAGGUGGCUAUGGAGCGGUCGGUUAUUAACGAAGUUUACUACAAUGCCCUGUACCCUAACGGAGACGGCGAUAAAGAUAGAGACAGCGUGCUACGGGAUCACUUGCAAAAGCUGUCAAAAGUGAUCAAUCCGAAUCACAAAGAUCUCAUGAUAAGUCCGUGUUUCCAGCAUGAGUGUCCGUGGUUGCCGGCACAGGAAGCGCUUCAAGAUAUGGCAUCUUAUCGAACGCCUCGCGACAAAGUCUCAUGCGUUCUAAGAAGCACUAUGGCAAUCAAAGACCUGUUGUCUUUAAUCGGUAGCAAAAUACCCACCGCAGAUGAUUUUACCCCUAUUUUAGUCUAUGUCAUAAUUAAGGCAAAUCCACCAAGUCUUUUGUCAACUAUUCAGUACGUAAACGGAUUUUUUGGUGACUGGCUGCAAGGGGAAGAUUUGUACUGGUGGACGCAAUUUUGUGCUGCCGUCGAGUUCACAAAAACGAUGGACUAUUGUGAUUGAUACCAGUAAUUGCCCCUUUUUAUGUCCUUUGUCUUUCGUUAGAGAAUAAUAAGAUGAACAGCUCGCUACGUGUAUUUUCUUUUAUACUGAUUUGAAAUUCGUAGAAGAGGAAGAAAGAAAAGGAGAAUAUCUUCGAUAGACCAGGUAUCGUAAGUUUCAUUUUAAAAGUCUUUUAAAUUGCAAAAAUGCAGCAUUUUGUUAAAUAUUUUUCUUUGUAUUUCAAAAACGAUCCAAUUUUCCGAAAUUAAUUUUGUACUGUAUAGAAUAAUACCUAUGAAGAACUUACUAAUGUAAUACGACAAUGAUUACGGUAAUGACCGCAAAUUUAAUUGAAAAAUACUCUCGAAACAAGGAAAAGGCAGGCAAACACAAACACACAUACAUACACACACACACACACGCAUUAUAUAUAAAUACAAUAUUUCUAAAAACGGUCUGUUACAAAGAAAGAGAUGAAUAGACAAUAUAUGUAAUAUACAUAUAAAUAUUAAUAUAUUAUUUUAGCAAUAAAAUUUGCAGCGUUUA